AUGAGUCCAGUAAGUCCCUGGAUCGCGGCUUUGGCCGACCAAUGUCUCUCAUCCUACCUCGGUCAAAAUGAUCAAGAUGAAGUCGAGGUGAAGGAUUUUGAUGGAUGCCUCAUUUUCAGUAUUAGCAGGCCCACAAUCAAGUCGGCCGUUAUUGUGUCGUGGGAACAAGGAGAAAACAGUCAUCGCGCUACAUUUACAGAUAGCAUCAACCAGAUUGAUGCGAUUAUUCUACGUGACUCGCCGGACAUACAGGAAGCAACCGAUCUCCCACCGUCAGUCAAAGGGGGCACCAGGCACCUGGUUGAACUUUCCGAUAUCAAGCUUAUUUUUACGUACUCAGCGCCUGCUCCGGAUGUCUGCCUUCACGUCAAUCGCUUUACCAUCCACCGGAAUGCGGUCUUAAGAGGGGAUGUGCCGAAACCAAAGCUCAAGAAGACAGCGGCUCUCAGAAGCUUGAUGACUAUGACAACCGAGAAGAUCCGAAAGACACAUGGGUCUCCUGGCUCCAAUAGUCAAACUAAUACCGGACCGACUGACUCAAUUGUUUCUCAGCGCGAUCAGCCCAUGUCACUCCCUCAAAACAGCUCGGUAUCACAGUUGCCCUUCUCCCAACCCCCGUCUAAUAUGCUACAUGGCGCACUGAAGGGUGACUCAAUGGCCAAUCGGGCCUCCACCAACGGAUCCUCCGAUCUUCUAGGAUUGCUCGCGCCAUCUCACCGAACCUCAAAGAACGACGCAGCCACUAGGGACCUUCCCUCGGUCAAUGGGUCAUCCCUCGGUGAAAGUACAAGCCGGCGCUCUCCCUCAGUCAAUAGAAAAAGUGCUGAUGCGAUGCGCGCUAGUAAAUCUGCUACCAAUCUGUCUUACGCCUAUCUCAGUCAAGACGUGGACAACUUGAUAGCAGAGUAUGUGCCUCGGAUUGUGCAAUCUCCAAAUGAGUCGGAUGAUCAUGACCGGGCUCAUAUUGUUGGAACGGGGGACGACCAGCUGUUUUCGAAAAAAAGACAUCGUGGCAGUACAGAUGCGCCAUCACAAGCGGCUCACGAUGAUAACCUGGGUUCGCAAGGGCCACAAGGCCCAAAUACAUCACCCUCCAAAAAGCGACAGCGUAUUGGUGCUGGGGGAGUGAUGCCGGCGGACCCAACUGAAUCCGAGCAAGUGCAAAACAAGCCCGUGGCGUCACUUCCUAGGGUGCAGAUAGUAAGCACCAAAGCAGACAGUAUAUGCCCAUCCUCAACUAAUCCAUGGGAAGGAAUGACCAAAAUACCUUUGAGCGAAGUUGAUAUUCCAAAAGACCAGGCAGAACUUUUGGAAGGACUCAAAUGGAUCCCUCAGGAUCCCGGUGUAUCAACAUCUCUAUGCCACGUACCACCUCAUCUUUUGACGCAAUGGAACAAAAUUGCACGAAGCAGACAACAUUUGGCAGAAAAAGCAGAAGAGGAGGAGGAGGAGCAAGUUCCUGAGCGUGCCCUUACUCAAACCCCGCCAGAUACACCAGCAUCCCGAAUAUCAUGGUCUCUGUCCCCCGAUAGGACCCCUGCCCUAGAUCUUCUUCCGCGGGACACCGCUUCUCCCCCAAGAUACAUAAGGCCUACCCGAAAAAGUCCUACACCACGAGGCACUCAAUAUAGCGUUGAUAAAUCCAUAGAAAAUGUCGAUUUGGGCAUGGUGAACGGAUCCUACAGUGCUUCUUCUCUGCCAAGGCAGAGGGAUAUCAUUGUGUCAAAGGAUAAUAUCGAAAUAACAGGGCAACGGUGUUCUCAGUCUGCUGAACAAGUACCCACAAAACCGAAGCACCCAUUGUCAUUGGACCAUGGUCCGGGCGAUGACCCAUCCCAAACUUCAAAAUCGCUUGAUGUGGUCGGUGAUAAAACCCCAAUUUUAUCAGAAGAGCAUUCUCAUGAUGAACAACCCGCCGAAAUUUUCCCAUUUAAAUAUGAACUGCGUGGCGAAUCAAGUGGCGAUGAGAGCGACGAGCCAGAGAUGGAAACAUAUGUUCCUUUCGCUCUCGGGGGUAGCAUUCCAUUGAGCAGUCAGCCUGAGCAGGAGCCUACUAGCUCUGGGCCAUCCCUUCCAAGGUUUGCAAGGGGGAUUAUCCAGGUGGUGGAGACACCUGCAGUUCAUACCGCACGUGUCAUCCCUGAGAAUCAAAGGAAACAGAGAGCUGUAUUAGAGCUUCAGAGCUCUCAGCACCCAUCCUCUCAGGCUGCCAAGACAUCAUCUUCAUCUCGAAUUCUCAAUACCUACCGCUCGCAAGAUAGCCACGGGCAGGGUAGCCUAUCCCAAGAGGCACCAAAUCCGUCUUUACCGAUAGUGGAAGACACGUCACUGGGAGUGGAUGUUCUAGGUACCCAGACACAAACGAGCAGCGUACAUGCACCAUCACGGGCGAUAGUCCAGUCAUCCUCAGACAUUGUACUUGAUUCGUCGAGACCUGCUCAGCGACAGCGUGGCUCCUCAAUCUUCCAUCUAGACCCCUCUGAUGACUCGUCGUCUUUUCCAUAUACCAGGUGUCACUCGCUGCCCAUGUCUCAACUUCAUGAAUCAAGCCAAUAUUCUUCGAGGGGACCUCUUUCCUUCGACGGAGCCUCGCAGUUGCCAGAAUUCUCCCUUAUGGAAUUCACCACCCAGGUCGCUGCUCAUGGAGAAUCACUAUCCAAAUGUUCACCCCUUCCGCGCCACAAGAGUGCCGAUACUGGCCAACAGGCAUUUCCCAGUCCAAAUAUCGAGUUAGUAGCACGCCGGCAGGGUUUUAUUGGAAAGUCCGACGAGUACGCCGAAGCACAAACGAUUUAUGAAAAGUUUUGUGACGACUAUUCGUCGUAUUCUGGUGAUUUCACUCAUUUCACUGAGAUGUGCUCGAAACUGCAGACAAUGCGACAAAGGGGCCAGCUGCAACGGUCGUUCCUGUGGGAUGAUUUCAUCAUUCAACAGUUAGAGGAGUACCCGCGCUAUUUCGCAGAGCGCACAUCUCAAGAGUCAAAGACAAUGGAUUAUGAAGAUUUCUUUUGCUCGGAAUUCUCACGUCCCCGGCACAAAAAGAGAAGCCUAACAGCCCACGGAGUUGAAUCAGUCGCGUGUCAGUUUGCUGCGCCUAGCAGUGCCGAAAUAGGAAAUCUACCAGUUCCAUCUGAAGUUGCAAUCCAAGGCGAGGUAACCCGGGAUAAAGCGAUGCAAAGUGAAGUGGCCAACACUUCUUUCACAGCCAGUCUCGUGAAACAGGUUUCUCGCCUCCAUGCUCAGUGCUCUGAUGAUGUUCCUGUUCUGGGUGUCUACAUGCCCACUGCAACGCAGUCAUCGUCAUUCUUCUCUGCAAGCACCGAUUCAGAUUCGUUGGAGAUCAAAGUUGAAGCAGGUGAUUCUUUCCAUGAACCUGUCGGUUCUCAAAUAAGCACGAGCAGCAAUGAUCACAAACUUGUGCUCUCCACUCCCGAUGAAGAGAUGAUGGAUGCAACUCAAUACGAUGCAGACAACGUCCGCAAUACACCUGAUCCGGACGAUGUCGACAUGGACGAAAUUGACGAGACACAGGCAGGAGAUGAUAAUACCUACCAUGAAACUGCCAGUGUUGAACUUGGUGAAGACAGUGACGAGCACCGCAUAUCUCCCCCUCCCGCUCCACCCGUGGCCGUGGCCCUCGGUUCUCUGAAUGCCGCCGUGCCCGAACCGCCAAGGCAACGAAGACCCUGGUUCCGAUCUAUUCGGAAAAUGUUCCCCACAGGCCCUGUGUGGUCCGACGACCCGGACACGCCAUUUAAGCGCUGGGCUCGUCAAGACCAGAACGUUCUUCAGGAACUCAAUCGUCGCGGUGGAGCUAGGGUUCUCGUUGAUGAGAAGGGCGUGAUUCGUCGACCGACCUAUAACAAAGGGAAGAACCCCGGUCUCUAG